AUGGCCAACACAAUCCUAAAGCUCACAACAAUCCUCUCUCUGAUCAUCCUUCUAGCCCUGCAUAGUUCCAAAUAUGUUUCUUCAACUAAUAUAGAUCAUGACAUAGAAGAUGAAGAUGAACUAGAGUAUGUUCUUGACACCCCAUUACCCCAUCUUGGACCAAGAAGCAGGUUCUUGGCAAGCAUAAUAAAGAAAGGAACACAAUGUGAUCACGAGACUCAUAAUAUCUGCAAUGGGGUUCGAGCAAACAAGGGAAAUGACUUGCUUUUCUGCUGCAAGAAGCAUUUUCGUAAUGUUCUUAGUGAUAAGAACAAUUGCGGGGUGUGUGAGCACAAGUGCAAGGAAGGAGAAAGAUGCUGUGGUGGAGUUUGUACUCAUGUUUUAUCUAAUGUGCAUCAUUGUGGUAAGUGCAAUAAGAAGUGUUCACCUGGGGAUUUAUGUGAGAAUGGGAUUUGUAAUUAUGCAUGA